CUCCGUAAUUGACAUGGUCAACUUCAACUCCUACAUCCCUACCCCGGUCUUCAUGAGCAAUAAAGGCUAUGCCUUUAUCUGGAACAUGCCAGCUGAGGGGCGUAUGGAAUUUGGCACCCUCCGGACCAGAUUCACCGCCGCGUCCACGACGCUUGUUGACUAUGUAAUCGUCGCCGCGCAGCCGGGCGACUACGACACCUUGCAGCAGCGGAUUUCGGCCCUCACAGGACGGGCCCCGGCCCCGCCUGACUUCUCGCUUGGAUACAUCCAGUCCAAGCUACGAUAUGAAAACCAAACGGAGGUGGAGCUGCUGGCUCAGAACUUCCAUGACCGAAACAUCCCGGUGUCCAUGAUCGUUAUUGACUACCAGUCCUGGGCUCACCAGGGUGAUUGGGCGCUCGAUCCUCGCCUGUGGCCCAAUGUCGCGCAGAUGUCGGCGCGGGUCAAGAACCUCACCGGCGCCGAAAUGAUGGCAUCGCUAUGGCCCAGUGUUGCCGACGACAGCGUCAAUUACGCAGCCCUGCAGGCGAAUGGCCUUCUCUCGGCCACGCGCGAUGGACCUGGUACCACUGACUCCUGGAACGGAUCAUACAUCCGGAACUAUGACUCCACCAACCCCUCGGCGCGGAAGUUCCUCUGGAGCAUGCUGAAGAAGAACUACUACGACAAGGGUAUCAAAAACUUCUGGAUUGACCAAGCUGAUGGCGGAGCGCUGGGUGAGGCGUAUGAGAACAACGGACAGAGCACGUAUAUCGAGUCCAUCCCGUUCACCCUGCCGAACGUGAACUAUGCCGCUGGUACGCAGCUCAGCGUGGGUAAGCUGUACCCCUGGGCGCAUCAGCAGGCGAUUGAGGAGGGGUUCCGCAAUGCAACAGAUACCAAGGAAGGGAGCGCAUGCGAUCAUGUCUCCCUGAGUCGGUCUGGGUACAUUGGAUCCCAGCGGUUCUGCAGCAUGAUCUGGUCUGGAGAUACUACAUCCGUUUGGGACACCCUGGCAGUGCAAGUAGCCAGUGGACUGUCCGCCGCAGCAACAGGCUGGGGUUGGUGGACGGUCGAUGCCGGUGGCUUCGAAGUCGACUCGACUGUUUGGUGGAGUGGAAACAUUGACACGCCCGAAUACCGGGAGUUGUAUGUGCGCUGGCUGGCUUGGACGACUUUCCUGCCAUUCAUGCGCACUCACGGUAGCCGGACCUGCUAUUUCCAGGACGCCUACACCUGUGCCAAUGAGCCGUGGUCCUAUGGUGCAAGCAAUACACCCAUCAUUGUCUCGUACAUUCAUCUGCGCUACCAGCUGGGUGCUUACCUGAAGUCCAUCUUCAACCAGUUCCACCUCACAGGUCGGAGCAUCAUGCGCCCAUUGUAUAUGGAUUUUGAGAAGACCGACCCGAAGAUCUCCCAGCUGGUGUCGUCGAACAGCAACUACACGACGCAACAGUACAUGUUUGGCCCACGUCUCCUGGUCUCGCCAGUGACCUUGCCGAACGUGACUGAGUGGUCCGUGUAUCUGCCGCAGACGGGACAGAACAACACCAAGCCUUGGACAUACUGGUGGACGAAUGAAACGUAUGCUGGAGGACAGGUCGUCAAGGUGCCUGCCCCCUUGCAACAUAUCCCCGUGUUUCAUCUGGGAUCGCGCGAGGAGCUUCUCUCGGGUGAUGUAUUCUAGGGAUUCUUCGAUUCAGAUCAGUGACAGGAUAGAAAGUCUAUGAGAAGACUUAGCACAUUAUGAAUAUCAGCCGUCUUACUUGGACGCAAUCUUAGUUGGAGUGGAUGCUCAUGAGAUUCAGGAAAGGUAGAAGCAUGUAAUAAAGAAAGCCUGGAGGGAAGAGAAUAGCCCGAACGUUGUUGCUGACAGGUGACUGGCACGUGUUGCCUUCAAUUCCACAGCCAACACUCCUCUUGUGCGGUACAGGACACACAAUCCAUACGUGUAUUCUACCUCAAUAGCUCGUCUACCACUAUCAGUAGCAUAGUAUGCAUCUCAGACUGCCGGUAAUAGAAAGUGCUAAAUCCACUUCAAAACAGAC